AUGGGUAGGGCUCAUUCGCCCAGGACGUUUUGCCACCUCAGCAACGGGGGGCUGGUCAAGGUUUGUGCCUUGGUGGUCAUCAUCACAGUCUGGGUGGAGUGGCAACACUCAGGGAUGCUUAUCCCCAAUUCGACGAACCUUGAGAUUCAGAGGCCACCUCAGCGGCAGUUGGCAGUGGACAGCAUAGUUGUCGAUGACAAGCAGAGCUGGACACGGUAUGACCAUCCCAGCGCAUACGGAACCCAUUUCGACCCUACAGUCUGCCAUCCCCGAGUCUGGUCUUUGGAUUCUGUUGGAAGGCGACCGGAGAACACGACCUUUGCAUUUGCGGUCACAAAAUUGAGCAUGAGGUACACAAACAUUGUGUUGGAUGCGGCCAAGAGACUUCGUGUCAUGAGCUCACGGCCAAUCUCAGUGAUGGUCCUCAAGUCUGGUGCUAAAGAAGGGGCUAUAGGGGAGCUGGCAGUCAAAUUGUCCGACAUCUCAAACACGACCUUCUAUCUGCUGGACAAUCCUGUGAACAUUGAAGAUCUGUCAGAAGGAUAUGUGCGGGCUUUGCAGAAGAACCCAAACUGCUGCAAGGAGUCAGAGUACCUGAAACUGCAUGCUGUGGCCUUACCGUAUGACCAGGUCCUCGUUUUGGAUUUGGAUGCGACAUUAGUUAAGCCAGUGGACCACCUUUUCCACUGCGAUGUGGACCUGCUGUACGCAGCAGGACCCUGGAGCCCCUUGAAUGGUGGAGUGUUCCUUGUGCGUGGGAAUAGGCCAGAUCGGCUGCGACACAUGGUGGAGGUGCUCAUUAACACAUCUUACACAUACACCCAGGAAGCUUGCUUUGAUGGGCUGGGGUGUGGCCCCUGCAAUUGUGGUGGUCCGUGCAGCAAAUACAAUGUUCGAUGCUUUGGCCAGGAGGGGCCGCAGGGUUUUAUACAUUAUUACUUUGUGAAGCGUGGGGACCCCAGCUUUAGAGUUGCCAGAAUCAGCACCUGCCUGUAUGACUUCCAAGAUUCAGGUUUGAAGAAAUGCAAACCUGAGUUCGAAAGGCGAGGGUUCUCACCAUUCAUAGUUCACAAGGAUACACGAGGGGAAAAUGGGUCAGCACUUGCCUUGAUUAGAAGGUUAGGAACUGAUCCGUCCACACAGCCAGAGAGCAAGGUUUGCCGUCCUGAGUUUUGGAUUUUGGGCGCAAGAAAAGCGGGUACGACGGCCCUCUACACCUGGCUCACAUACCACCCACAAGUGUUCAGCCACCAUGUCCAAGGAUUUCCAACGGACGGCGAGAUAUAUGGUAGCGUUAAGCCACUGGACAAGUACAACAACAAGUUCAAGAAAGUGCCAAGCGGGCUCCUUGUUGGCGAUUCCAACGUCUACCGAUUGAUUGAUGAUGCGGCAGAGCUGCCGGCCCUUUGCGGUCACAAACACGCAAAGUUCUUGGUCCUCCUGCGUGAUCCAGUGGAGCGAUGCCACUCGCAGAUGCUGAUGCGGGCACGAGUGAAGCAAAAGAAUCUGGAUAUAACCAUGGAUUCGAACCUUUCUGAGGUCAUCGAUCGCCAGCUCAAAAGUUUCGAAGACGCUGUGGCUGCCUCGCCAGGGUGGGCGGAUGGAUUCCUUCCAGAGCCCUUGCAUGGGUGGAAAAGCUCCUACAACUGCAUCUACGAAGGCAUCUAUGGCGCGCAUUUGAAGCGCUGGUUCUUUCACACCAGCCUGGACAAUUUUAGGAUCUAUUUCACUGAGGACUUUGCGGAGCACAGAGACGAAGUCCUCCACGACGCCCUUGAGUUUAUUGGCGCCGAUGUGUCCCUGUACCACGGCUCCGCACUGUUGGAGGGUAAGAUUCCAAAUUCGAGGUCGAACAUGACCCUGCCAGAACACCAGCAGCUGAUGCCGCUGCUGAGGCGUAGACUGCAGGAUGUUUUUGCGCCUUACAACAGAAUGCUGGAGGACGUGAUUGGGAGAAGGACCCCUUGGGGCUACUAG